AUUUUUAAAUCUCUUUUCAGGUUGCGGUAUGUAAUUACGGUGGUGUCGACGCGCUCGUUCGUACGAUUAUAAAUGCCGGCGAUCGAGAAGAAAUAACUGAACCGGCAGUAUGCGCUUUACGUCAUUUGACAUCGCGUCAUAAUGAAGCGGAAAUGGCACAAAACUCGGUUCGGUUGAAUUACGGUAUUCCAGUUAUAGUCAAAUUACUUCAUCCACCGUCGCGCUGGCCGUUGGUGAAAGCGGUUAUUGGACUAAUCCGCAAUUUGGCUCUUUGUCCCGCAAAUCACAGUCCGCUACGCGAUCACGGUGCAAUACAUCAUCUCGUAAGACUUUUGACGCCUGCAUUCCACGACACACAGAGAUUAUUAUUUAAUGAGAUUGAAAACAUUCAACGCGUGCUUUGCGAACUAGCAGCUGACAAGGAAAGUGCCGAGAUAAUAGAACAAGAGGGUGCUACUGCCCCACUGACGGAACUACUUCACUCCAGAAACGAAGGUGUUGCGGCAGCAGUAUUGUUUCGUAUGAGCGAAGAUAAGUCCCAAGAGUACAAAAAACGACUUUCCAUGGAGCUGACGAAUUCCUUAUUCCGCGAAGACACAAACUUAUGGAAUAAUACUGACUUCAGCGUGGCCCCAGAUCUCCAGCUACCUAAUCUUCAGGACAUGCUUGGCCCUGAUCAAGGCUAUGAUGGUAUGUAUGGCCAAGGACCUCCUAGUGUACAUAGCAGCCAUGGCGGUCGGGGUUAUCAACCGCAAGGUUAUGACCAGAUACCAAUAGACUCAAUGCAAGGAUUGGAGAUAGGUGGUGGAUCGACGUAUGGUGCGAUGGACACUAUGGACGUGGCGCACGAGGGUGAUUUGAGUUUCGAUCGUUUGGAAGAGCUCCCUGCACCGCCGCAAGAUAACAACCAGGUCGCGGCCUGGUAUGAUACCGAUCUUUAAAUCAAGACGAUAUAGAAAUGUCAAGUAC